UUUUUUCGUAUAAAUUGAGCCAUUCUUUUUUUUUGCCCCCGAUGUGUCUUCGUACCCCAGCCCGAUGCGCUCUCUCGGUUCUCUUUGAGUUUUCUGCCGUGCCGUCGCCUAUCUCGCCUAGCCGGUCGCCCUACCGUCGCGCCGCGCCACAGCCAACAUAUUCCGCCACCUCCUCCGCUCGGUCUCCAUUUUAGCUAUCUGUCAUACCUCGUAGCUGCCGCCGGAGCCUACCUCACCGCCCCACCUCGAUUCGAUCAAAGACCCUAUCCCUAAGGGCUAUCCUUUCCUUUCUAUUUCUGCUUUUGGUUUUUUGCAUUUGUUUCUGUUUUUUCACUUGAAAGAAAGUGAAAAUUGCUCCCCAUGAAUCAGAACAUACUUGUUCUCCAUGAAUUGCAAGUGCGGUGAAAGUUUUUGAAGUGUGGACUAUUCUAGGUUUAAUUUUGUUCGUUUUUUAGUAUGUGGGAUUAAUUCUUCUUCUAAUUACAAAGCAAAGAAACUCUGGAAUUGAGAACGAAACAUGGGGAAAUAAACCAACAAAGUGGAUUUAGUUUGAUGGCUAGGAGACAUGCAGCUAGCAGACAUUUGAGUCAAGAUGCCUUCUUAGUAGAUUAUGUUUUCUAGUAGGAAGCAUAGAGGAGUUGGAUCUAUUGAAGCAUUACUUAACCCCAUUAAUUAUUGUGCACUCGAAGUGUUAUGGUUUUUCAAAUUACAUUCUUGGUCCUUUUUCCUACUUGAUCAAUAAAACAUGACAGGAAAAAGGUUGAGAAUCUUGAAAUUUAUAUAUCCUUCCAUGUAUGGUUUGACACAUAUUUGUUACUGUUUAUGUGAAUAGUCUCCUUAUGUUGCCACUCCAGUUUCAAUUCCCAAAAGAAUUGUCUGAGCUUCAUCCAUGAAUUCCAGGAAUUGCAAAGUUAAGAAGCAGAAGUCAGGUCUAGCAGUUUUUCGCUUGCAACAAUUACGUUAAGCUAGGACUUAAUUGCGAGUUUGAUAUGAACGCUAAUUCUGGGGGACCCUCCUCGAAAUCGAAGGCGGGGUCAUUGCAACCAUCAGAAACUUCGUUUAAGCGUAAACGUGGAGUCUUCCAGAAAGAAUUGCAGCAUAUGAUGUAUGGUUUUGGAGAUGACCCCAAUCCUCUUCCAGAGAGUGUGGCACUUGUGGAGGACAUCAUUGUGGAGUAUGUCACCGAUUUGGUGCAUAAAGCCCAAGAUACUGGAUCAAAGAGAGGAAAGCUAUCGGUUGAAGAUUUCCUGUAUUUGAUACGCAAGGACACGCCAAAACUUAACCGCUGUACAGAGUUGCUUUCUAUGAAUGAGGAGCUGAAACAAGCCAGGAAGGUUUUUGAGUCAGACGAGGAGAAGCUGAGGAAGGUAUUCGAGGCAGAUGAAGAAAGCUAGCGUCGAAUGUGUAACAUGUGGGUGUUUUAUUCAAUUAACACCCACGUGUUAACUUUCUCUAGACGUGGGAGUUUCACUUCGUUGGACGGUAGUUUUUUGGCUUAUAAUUAGGAUUUAGGGGUGUAAGCAACAUAUCUUGAAUUCGACAUUUUGUCUCGAAAUACGAAUGUAUCUCCCUGCAUGAGGUCAGAGAUGGAGAUGAGAGUUGUUGAAUUGGUGUAAACAGCUGGGAAUUUUAAUAGUAAAGCAAUCCAAGCCUAUAAA